UUUGUUUGUUUUUUAACGUGAACAUGUUCCACGUUGUGUCAGCCAAUGACUGCAGCUGUUACCAUGGCGAUUUCAGAGUGGGUGUGGUCACAUGUGUGUGGGCUAAGAUAAGAACACAGCAACAAACAAACACAUGAAACAGAGUUAGAGAUGAACCUGAAUGAGACCCAAACUGAGAACCUGAAUGAGAACUGAACUGAGAACCUGAUGGAACCCAUGUCUUACACGAGCUGACCGGUCUAAUGGCCUGAAGACUAGUAGAGAUGAUCCCCGUUCUACCUGAGGAUCCAUCCAAUCAGCAGUCAGGAUGAUGCCAAAGCAGCAGUCAGCCCACACGUCUCCAGGCAGCGUCUUGUCUCUGAGGCCCAGUGUCCCAGGAUCCCCUGCUGCCGCUAUCGUGGCCCGAGUGGACGAUCGGGUCAUUGGAUACAAAGACCUGGCAGCUUUACCCCGAGACAAAGCCAUUCUGGACAUAGAGAGACCAGACCUGAUGAUCUACCAGCCGCACUACUGCUACAGUCCACUAGAGAGGUGUUUGUCUCCUCGCUCCUCGUCUCCUCCUCUUUCUCCAGAGAACCUGUCUAAGGAGAACAGGGAUUGGUUGGAGGUGCGUUCACCUGGAGGCUCCUCCUCCGGAUCGACCUACCAGAGCAGCCAGACACACAGCACACAUACGCCGUCUCUGCCAGACACGCCCACCAUCACAAACACGCCCCGCCCACCCUGCAGCGUCGCCAAGACCAGCGCCGUUCAGCAUUUUCACCGGCCGGAAAACGGUGCCAACAUCUACAAGAAACCUCCGAUCUACAAACAAGACACGCCCAGCGCCGCCGUCCCUCAGGACAAACACAUCCAGGAUCUGAUCAUCGAGUCGUCCAAGUUCCCGGCGGCGCAGCCUCCUGAUCCCAACCAGCCGUCCAAGAUCGAGACCGAGUACUGGCCCUGCCCCCCGUCCCUGGCCGUCACCGAGACAGAGUCCAGGAGGCGGGACCAGAGGGACGAGGAUGAGGAAGCUGAUGAAGACUUGGAGGUGGAGUUAUGGGCUCUGCAGAGGCGGGAACUAAACAAGAUUCAGUCAAAUUUAGGAAAAAUUAUCCUGAAGGAGGAGUUGGAGAAGUCGAGUCAGAAGAGGAAAAGACGGACUGUACCUGAACGCAGCACAGAUGGCUCCAGUGGCUGCAGGGUCAGUUAUUUCCCACAAUCCUCUAGGUCAGGCCUGUCCGAGCCACAGUCGACAGAGUUCAGCUCAUCUGAUAAAACUCCUGCAGCAGAACCAUGGACUGUUUGUGUUCAGAACGGAGACUCACCAACGGACCGAGGAACGUGUGGAACCAGUGUGUUAGAACCAGAGAUCUUCCCAUAUGAGGCGCUGGUGGUGACUCCCAGGGGGCGUGGCCAGCUGCCUCCAGGUGUGGACCGGACCAGACUGGAGAGACAUCUAUCCCAGGACCAGUUCUGCAGCGUGUUCGGGAUGACCCUGGACCAGUUUGAGCGCUUGUCCGUCUGGAAAAGAAACGACCUGAAGAAGAGGGUCUGCCUGUUCUGAGGACGAGGACACUACAACUCCCACAAUCCCCUGCUCCUCCCAGACCAGCACAGGGGGCGGUCCUAAAAACCACAGACUGACAAAUACCAUCAACUCGUCAUAAUGACGGACAAGGACAGAGAAGACGAGGACAGAGGAGACUAGGACAGAGGAGACAAGGACAGAGGAGACGAGGACAGAGGAGAUGAGGACAGAAGAGACUAGGACAGAGGAGAUGGAAUGAAGAUCUGAUGUGAGACAGUUGUAGAAAUGCAACAGAUUGAAGCGUCUGAUCCUCAGUUGUUCAGAUUCAAUCAGCAGAAGUCACUGCCCUGUUUCCUGUUGAAGCCACAAAUAUACACAAACAUGUUCCAAACACACAGGACCAUGAACAUGGAUCUGAACUGAACCUUCACAGAUCUGGAUCAGACCCAUGUGAUGAUUAGUGACCAAAUGAUGCACAUCUAUUCUAUUCUAUUCUAUUCUAUUCUAUUCUAUUCUAUUCUAUUCUAUUCUAUUCUAUUCUUGUCAGUAAGUUUGAUAAAUUAAAUUAAAACCUUUUCUCAUGAAUGUUGAGAAGCGUUUGCACACUGAGGCAUGAUGGGAAAUGAACUGAUCCACCGGUGAAACCAGAAUCUGGACCAGGUUAAAGGACCAGUCCACUGGUCUUCAACAAACCCUGAAAGAACCCCAAACCAACAUCAGGGUCCACAUGCACAUGGUCCAGGACCCGGGUCCAUGACAUUGGGACAUUGGUCUAGUGGAUCCGGUCCAGUGGAUCCAGUCCAGUGGAUUUGGUGCAGUGGAUCCAGUCCAGUGGAUUUGGUCCAGUGGAUCCGGUCCAGUGGAUUUGGUCCAGAACCGCAGCCGAGUAAUCCUUUAACCUGAGAAACACCUUUAAUUAGAAAAACCGCAGAAAGUCUGACUGAAACUUGCGCUGCGGCACCACAUGCAGGGAUGGGAACUGGUGGAACUGGUGGAGUUGGAAACUCAGUUCCUUGGAAUGGUUUGGCUAACCCUAACCCUGCUUCAGGAUUCUGCUCAUCAAUUGAGCUUUCAUUGCAACUGACGUCACACAUACGCUGCAUUGUUUUGGUUUAAGACGUGGCCAACAUGGCGUGGAGGCAGAAUCGCUCCACAGAAUGUCUAUGUUUCAGGUGUAAAGAUGACCCCAGAUCCAAUGAGAACACUGGGAACACUGUCAAAGCUUCCGUUUGUUCAAACAUUUAUCCACAGCAUGAGAUUCAUUUACAGUAAAGUCACAUGGAUGUUACGCGACAGUGACACCAGGGUUAACCUUAAACCUAACCCCAGGGUUAACCUUAACCCAAACCCCAGGGUUUACCCUAACCGUAAGCCAAACACCAGGGUGUCAUCCAGGCCUGGUUCCGGGGGGGGCUUCUGAAGGUAGGGAACAGGAAAAUGAGGUGCACAACAGCGGCAGACAUAGAGGAAUUAGUAAAGCUUCUUAAAUUUCACUGUCACUUCGUGACCCCCCGCACCUGAAACCGAGCCCAGUGUCAUCUGUUCUUACUAUUUAUGCAUACUACAAUGUGGAUGUUCUAUUUUCUGUCUAGAGCUAGAAAUAUAAAAGACAGUUAGUGUAAACAAACCUGUUUGAACUCUUUGAAUCACUCACCCAAUGACAAUCCAUGAGGAAUCAGAUCGAUAAGCAAAAUUGAUCAGUUCUUUUCAAUUCCCAUCCCUCGUCUCACAACAUGGCUGCCACAUCACAUGACUCCUCCACAUCUGCCUCGCCUCACGCUUCCUGUCUGUGACGCCAAAAUAAAAGCAUAAGGUCUGAGAGUGAAUGAGCAUUGGUCACUUUACAUUGAGAUGAUUUCCUGUUUUGUUUUGUUUUAUUUGAGGACUGAUUCCAACGCUUUGAUUGAAUACUGAGAAGCUUUCUUCUGAUUGGUUGUUUGAUACUGAAAAGCUUUGUUCUGAUUGGUUGUUGUAUCGGUUGCUGUGACUAAUGCAAUGAUGACACAAAGAUUGUUCAUGAUAUUUUUUGUACAUUUUAAAAGGUUUUUCUGUUUCUAUUUCUUCACACAGAGUGAUGUCAAGGGGGCGGGGCUUCUGUCACUGAGUAUGAUGUCAUAUUUUAAUGAGCCUUUGGACCCAGAGGUCAAAGGUCAGGCUCUUUGGCAGAGCGCUGUGGCCUUGAGGUCGCUCUGGAGAUAUUGAACUUCUGAAUAACCACAUGAUGAUUGUGCUCUGACUAGUGUUGUGGUUCUUGUUGCCGUUGGAUACGGGUGAUGAUGUAACAGAUGAAUGAUUAACCAUGAGUUACAAUAAAAAACAUUUGUACUCUCACC